UUUUUUCUCUUUUUCCUUGAUCUCUUAUUCUUCUGGUUCUGCAACUUUCAUUUGGGCUAGUUUGAGCUGAAGCCCCUUCCCCCAUCAAUGACCCAUUUCGAUCGAAUGUUCUUCCCGAGUGUUCCUCAUUGAUGGGUUGCAUUACGUCGAAGCAGGCGGUCUCGGUUACACCUGCUUUUGAUUACUCGGGGGUGUUACGGGACAAUGGGUCUGCGAAUAAGGCUUCUUCUUUGCGCAACCGAGCCGGGGUAGAGUCCGAGAAGAAGAGGGUUGACUUGGGGGAUGGUGGUGUCGGCGAGUUGGGCGAGUCAAGGAGAGGAAGCUCCACAGGUGGGGAGUCGUCCUUUAGCUUGAGGUUAGGGAAUUUGCAGAAGUAUGUGGAAGGAGAGCAAGUUGCAGCUGGUUGGCCUGCUUGGCUUAGCGCUGUUGCUGGGGAAGCCAUUCAGGGAUGGGUACCCCUCAGUGCUGAUUCUUUCGAGAAGUUGGAGAAGAUUGGGCAGGGUACAUACAGCAGUGUUUUUCGAGCACGUAACCUAGACACUGGGAAGAUAGUUGCUCUGAAGAAGGUGCGAUUUGACAAUUUUGAGCCCGAGAGUGUAAGGUUUAUGGCACGAGAAAUAUUGAUUCUUCGCAGACUGGACCAUCCAAACAUUGUGAAAUUGGAAGGAUUGGUUACAUCUCGAUUAUCAUGCAGUAUAUACCUAGUAUUUGAGUAUAUGGAACAUGAUCUGGCUGGACUGGCAUCUUGUUCAGAUAUCAAAUUCAGCGAGUCUCAGGUGAAGUGCUAUAUGCAUCAGUUAUUGUCUGGACUGGAGCACUGCCACUCACGUGGUGUAAUGCAUCGGGAUAUAAAGGGGUCCAAUAUUCUCGUUAAUAACGAAGGAAUUGUGAAGAUAGCUGAUUUUGGCCUUGCAAAUUUCUUUAGCUCAGGGCACAGGCAACCGCUAACCAGCCGGGUUGUGACCCUGUGGUACCGUCCUCCAGAACUCUUGCUUGGAUCCACUGAUUAUGGAGCAUCUGUGGAUCUGUGGAGUGUUGGUUGUGUGUUUGCAGAACUUCUCUUUGGGAAGCCUAUACUUCAGGGGAGGACUGAGGUUGAACAAUUGCACAAAAUAUUCAAGCUAUGUGGUUCUCCACCUGAUGAGUAUUGGAAAAAGUCAAAACUUCCCCAUGCAACUAUAUUCAAACCCCAGCAUCCUUAUGAAAGCUGUCUCUGGGAGACCCUUGGAGAAUUUCCCACGAAUGCUGUGAAUCUGAUAGAGACCCUUCUUUCUAUUGAACCAUAUAAACGGGGUACUGCCUCCUCUGCUCUUACGUCUGAGUAUUUCACAACAAAGCCUUAUGCGUGUGAUCCAUCAAGCUUGCCAAAAUACCCACCAAACAAAGAGAUUGAUGCCAAAGGUCGUGAGGAGGCCCGAAGGAAAAAGGCUGGGGGUAGAGUACGUGGGUCUGAAGCAACUAGAAGACCAGCAAGAAUAGGCAAAGCUUUGCGAGAAACAAAUGCAAAUAAAUUGGCCCUUGCACAGGAGCUGCAAGAAAAUACUCUAGGUGCCCAUAAAGUUAAUGGAGAUGUUGCACGUUUUCCUAAGCAAGACAAAGAUGCUAGAUCAUGUGCAGAUCUCUCAAAACUAUCAAUAUGUUCAUUGCAAGAUCCUUCCCACAUAAAAAACGCAUCUCAAGGGGAUGUUCCUUUCUCAGGCCCACUACAUGAAGAUGCUAGAUUAUGUGCAGACCCAUCAAGACCAUCAAUAAAUAUGGCACAAGAUCCCUCCCACAUAAAGAAUGCAUCUCAAGGAGAUGUUCCUUUCUUUGGUGCUCUACAUGUGACAGCAUCAAGUGGCUUUGCAUGGGCAAAAAGACGGAAGGAGGAUGCAACAUCAACAAAAUCACACAGUAGGUCCAGUUCAAGAAGUCAAGUUUCGAAUGCAUUGGAACCAUCAAAUGGCCUGAAAAAUACUUCAGAAUCAAGAAGGCAAGAAAGUGGGGAUGUAUUCUAUGGUGAUCGCACAGAUUCUAAAGGCCAUGAUUCACACGAAAUGGCCAGGCAUGAGUUGCGGAAACAGUGGGGCCAGUUUGAGCGUCCAGAUUCGUUUGAUGCAUCCGAUUACUACUCUCAGGAACUGUCAGCAGCACUUUAUCAAAAGAAAGAAUUGGCAAAUAAGAAGAAGAAUCCGGAUCAAGGUGACAGAAUAGAGUUCUCUGGGCCCUUGUUGUCUCAAUCACAUAGAGUUGAAGAACUCUUAGAACGGCAUGAGCGCCAGAUCCGUCAAGCAGUCCGCAGGUCGUGGUUUCAAAGAGGGAAAAAACAUGGAAAGUAGCUGAGGUAUGGUUCCAAGCAUUUCACGAUAAGCGAUUGGCUGACAAUAAGAUAAUUUAAAAUGAGGAAAAAAGAAUGCCGAGACCAUUAUGCCUCCGAUUUAACUGGGCUGCCACACCACCAACAGGUUCGAUAGAGAACCAUCAGUUAGGGGGAUCCAAGGAAAAAUGUAAGUGAUGCAAAUCUGUGCCCAAAUGUAGAGGAGGUGGCUGGUAACCAUAUUCAAAUUCACAGCUUUUAAGUAGAGGAUGAGGCAGUGGUAAGAAAGCAGCAUAUCUUGUCUAAUGUUAAUUUUCUAUUUUGUUUUCUUAAAGGGGUGGUUGAGUGUAUACUUGGAAUGGGAGGUUUCUGGUUUAUGUUAAAAUUUGUAAGCCUUGACAAGCAAGCCCCACGCAUUGUAUAAUUUUAAGAGCUAUUUCAAUCAAAUCCCAUGAAUAUAAUACAAUGUUGUGUA